GGACAAAACCCUGCAGGAGACUGCGAGCCCUGCAGAACUGCUAGCUGCGGGGAGAGGGGAGGGUCGGCGCCUGUGGCGGAGCCUGUCUGGGACCGGGGCGGGGAGGCUGACAAGCGGCGGGAGAAGCCGGCGGAGGGCGGGAUCGCGCCUCCUGACAUGUUGGGGGCAUCCCUGGCAGGGCCGGGCCGGGGCUAAGAGCGGCGCUGCGGGCCGGGGUCGGGGGCGGGUCGCGGUCCGCCCCCGCUGUCCCUCCGUCCUGCCCUGUCGAGGACGUGCGUUCCGCACUCGGCAGUCUCCAGAGGGAGCGAGGGAAGCUGCUGGAGGAUCAGGGAGAAGGAGCAUUCGCCGGAGGCUGGAGGAGGCUGACCCGCGUCCCCGCCCAGCCCGCUCCUAUGCGGUACUUGAAGGAUGGCGAAGAGGUCGCGCAGUGAGGAUGAGGAUGAUGACCUUCAGUAUGCCGAUCAUGAUUAUGAAGUACCACAACAAAAAGGACUGAAGAAGCUCUGGAACAGAGUUAAAUGGACAAGGGAUGAGGACGAUAAAUUAAAGAAAUUGGUUGAACAACAUGGAACUGAUGAUUGGACUCUAAUUGCUAGUCAUCUUCAAAAUCGCUCUGAUUUUCAGUGCCAGCAUCGAUGGCAGAAAGUUUUAAAUCCUGAAUUGAUAAAGGGUCCUUGGACUAAGGAAGAAGAUCAGAGGGUUAUUGAAUUAGUUCAGAAAUAUGGACCAAAAAGAUGGUCUUUAAUUGCAAAACAUUUAAAAGGAAGAAUAGGCAAGCAGUGUAGAGAAAGAUGGCAUAAUCAUCUGAAUCCUGAGGUAAAGAAAUCUUCCUGGACAGAAGAGGAGGACAGGAUCAUCUAUGAAGCACAUAAGCGAUUGGGAAAUCGUUGGGCAGAAAUUGCUAAACUACUUCCAGGAAGGACUGAUAAUUCUAUCAAAAAUCAUUGGAAUUCUACUAUGCGAAGAAAAGUGGAACAGGAGGGCUAUUUACAAGAUGGAAUAAAAUCAGAACGAUCUUCAUCUAAACUUCAACACAAACCUUGUGCAGCUAUGGAUCAUAUGCAAACCCAGAAUCAGUUUUACAUACCUGUUCAGAUACCUGGGUAUCAGUAUGUGUCACCUGAAGGCAAUUGUAUAGAACAUGUUCAGCCUACUUCUGCCUUUAUUCAGCAACCCUUCAUUGAUGAAGAUCCUGAUAAGGAAAAGAAAAUAAAGGAACUUGAGUUGCUGCUUAUGUCAGCUGAGAAUGAAGUUAGAAGAAAGCGAAUUCCAUCACAGCCUGGAAGUUUUUCUAGCUGGUCUGGUAGUUUCCUCAUGGAUGAUAACAUGUCUAAUACUCUAAAUAGCCUUGACGAGCACACUAGUGAGUUUUACAGUAUGGAUGAAAAUCAGCCUGUGUCUGCUCAGCAGAAUUCACCCACAAAGUUCCUGGCCGUGGAGGCCAACGCUGUGUUGUCCUCUUUGCAGACCAUCCCAGAAUUUGCAGAGACUCUAGAACUUAUUGAAUCUGAUCCUGUAGCAUGGAGUGAUGUUACCAGUUUUGAUAUUUCUGAUGCUGCUGCUUCUCCUAUCAAAUCCACCCCAGUUAAAUUAAUGAGAAUUCAGCACAAUGAAGGAGCCAUGGAAUGCCAAUUUAACGUCAGUCUUGUACUUGAAGGGAAAAAAAACACUUGUAAUGGUGGCAACAGUGAAGCUGUUCCUUUAACAUCCCCAAAUGUAGCCAAGUUUAGCACUCCACCAGCCAUCCUCAGAAAGAAGAGAAAAAUGCGAGUGGGCCUUUCCCCAGGCAGCGAACUUAGGGAUGGCUCAUUGAACGAUGGUGGUAAUACAGCGCUAAAACAUACACCACUGAAAACACUACCAUUUUCUCCUUCACAGUUUUUCAACACAUGUCCUGGAAAUGAACAACUUAAUAUAGAAAAUCCUUCAUUUACAUCAACCCCUAUUUGUGGGCAGAAAGUUCUCAUUACAACUCCUCUUCAUAAGGAAACAACUCCCAAAGAUCAAAAGGAAAAUGUAGGUUUCAGAACACCUACUAUUAGAAGAUCUAUAUUGGGUACCACACCAAGAACUCCUACUCCUUUUAAGAAUGCGCUUGCUGCUCAGGAGAAAAAAUAUGGACCUCUUAAAAUUGUGUCCCAGCCACUUGCCUUCUUGGAAGAAGAUAUUCGGGAAGUUUUAAAAGAAGAAACUGGAACAGACCUAUUCCUCAAAGAGGAAGAUGAACCUGCCUACAAAAGCUGCAAACAAGAGAAUACCGCUUCUGGGAAGAAAGUCAGAAAAUCACUAGUCUUAGAUAAUUGGGAAAAAGAAGAAUCAGGCACUCAACUGUUGACUGAAGACAUUUCAGACAUGCAGUCAAAUUGUGAAUGGGAAACAGUGGUUUAUGGGAAGACAGAAGACCAACUUAUUAUGACUGAACAAGCAAGAAGAUAUCUGAGUACUUACACAGCUACCAGUAGUACUUCAAGAGCUCUCAUACUUAUGCUGCUAUAGAAAAUAGCAGAAUCGGCUUGCUGCUACGAGAGAAGGAAAGAGCGACCACCACUUGCACUGUGUGAAAAGAUAAAAAACAAAUGAUGGCAAGUUCUCAAGUUAACUAAAUGGAAUCAACCAUUACCAGGCAAAUUCUUACAAAUACCAAAAUACUACUAUGCCUUAAAAAACAAAAUGAAAGCAGGUUAAGAUUUUCUGCUCUGUUCGUAUGUUAAUAGAAAUGGAAAUACUAAGUAUUUUAAUGCUUAGCUCUUGAACAGUAGACCUAAAAGGGUUUUAAGCUAUUUAAAUCUACUUGCUAGUUUUUGCAUAUUUUUUAUAUAUAUAUACACACACACACACACAUAUAUAUAUAUAGUGAGAAGUGAAGAAAAUGUAUGGUACUAAGAUUAUGCCUUGUUGAUAAAUACAUAAACCAAUUUGAAUCUUCUUAGCAUGUUUAAGUAUGUUGAUUGCUUUCUAAUUAAUGAACUUCUCACAGAAAUUUCACUUAGUGAAACCAAUGAUUGUAGCAAACUCAUACUGGAUCAUUUCAGUUACCUUGAACUAAUAGCACAUAAUAGUUUUUUGUUGUUGUUUUUAAUGUAGCCCUUACCUGGAUAUACAUAGUCUGCAAUCACCAAAGUAUAAUAUCUUAUAAGAGCUAUAUUUUUAAAGCAUAUUUUUUCUUGAGCAUUAAAUUAUCCUAAAUGGUAAUAUAUUGUGGAUAAGUCUGGGCUUAUUGGACAUAACACAUAUUUGGGUUGGUAUUGGUUGAAUCCUUCAGUUAACUGCUUUGUUGCUUUUUGCAAGAUUUUUAAUCUUAAACAUGUCAGGCAUCUUAAGUCACCUUUAUAAUGUUUUGUUCCUCUGAGUUUCUUUCAGCAUGUUAUACAAAUGCCAGACAUACAUGUAGCAGCCAUACUUGCAUGGAAACUGACUACACAUAUAUAAUACUGCAUUUUAUUGUAAGGUUUUCACAUUAAUACAGCAAUUACCCUGACUAAAUUGAGUUUUGUGAUACAUGGAAAACUCCAUUGUAAGAGAAUCUUGCAUACACUGUCGACAUAUUAACAUCCAAAAUAAAGCAUCUGUGUACAAGCUGA